AUCGUUUGAGUAAUCGAUAAGCGAUUACAAAUAGAGCAGCCCUGGCAUUUUGUUUAUAACUAAUACGCGGAACCGCCGGACACAAACAACUUUCGCACGAGUUUAUGACAAUUUGCAGUUGAAAUUCAAUUAAAUACACUAAACACUGACUAAAGCAACAACUGAGUGCGACAAGCGCAGCAAACCAACUGCAGUUACGGGCAAUUUACGUAAGAAUUAAAAGAAAAAAGUGCGCAGUGCAGACAAAACUCAAAACGUUGUUGGCCAGAACAGAACAGAACCACUCAAAACGCACACAAGCAAACAAAUGUAGACAUACCAAGCAAAUACAAACAAGUAUAUAUUUGUAUAUAUACAUAUAUAUAUAUAUAUACGAUAUAUGUAAGCCGAAACCAACUAACAAUUGACAUUGGGCAGCAAGCGUGAGGAGGCACCACCUGUUUGUUUAUGGCGCCGACGGAAUAGAACUUGACAAAAAACAUUGUUAACAAAUAACGAAUUACGAAUGCAUGUGUCAGAGUGUGUGUGUGUGUCACACAUUUGUUGAUAAUCAACUGCUUAUGUACAUAUAAGUCUUGUAUAUAACCUAUGCGCAGUUUAAAGUUUUCUGCUGGUCGCGUGUUGUGUUAAUAUCACUAUAUAUUUAUGGCUUCAAAUGCACAACUCGGUAAAAUCAUUUUGUUAAUCGCAAUUGUUGUAUUCUUUUACUACUUCUUUUGGGUUGCAAUUCUGCCGUUUAUGAUACUCGAUGAAGGUAAUCCCAUACGCUCGCUGUUUCCUCCGCUGAAGUACGCAUUCAUCGUGCCCACUGUGUUUGGGGUCAUCUGCUUGGGCGGCAUUGCCGUGUUCUCCUUUUAUCACAUUUGGAGCUUCACGCGGUCAAAGCGAAAUUGAAAGAUUGAGCGACAAGCAACGUCAAUCGAGGGUCGCGACUCUGGUAAAGAUUACACAAAG